AUGUCAGCCGCGGCGCAACGCGGGACACUGGCGCCUCUCCCAGAAAACCACCGGCUGGGCUUGAUCGUCUUGACGGCUUUCUCGCUUUUAUCAUUCGUGUCGACUACUGCCUUGUGGCUUUUCAUCUCUUACAAACUCCUUUCAGAACGUUUAGAAGAAAGAAGGCGGAAGAAGCGAAGGGCCCGUCGACGAAAUGCAUCCGCCGCAACAGCUGCCGCCCCGCAGUUCCCCGACCUGUCCCUCGGACUCGAUGCCCCAUGCUCCGGGGCCACCGGCUUUGAGCGUAUUCUGGAGCUGGACCGAUUAGCUGCGGAAGCCCAAGAAAGACCGCCCGACACCAAUUCGCAAGAAGCCGAUGAAGAUGCCGAGUCACAAGUGCGCAACCCUUUUCCAAUUCUUGUUUACAAUCUUUUGCUUGCGGACAUGAUGGAAGCCCUUGCAUAUGGGCUGAGCUCCUACUGGGUAGCUGUGGAUGCGGCCAGUCUCUUCCUCGCAGUAAUCGCAGUGAACACUUUCUUGACUGUGGGUUUGGGUAUCAAGCCACCGCCAUGGGCAGUUUACACGGCGAUUGCUGGGCUAUGGAUUUUCGACUUCAGCAUCAAUGGAGCAGGAGUUCGGGUGGCUGAAGCGGACCCAGAGGUUCCCGGCGAAUCUUUCUUCAUGAGAGCCAAUGUGUGGUGCUGGAUCUCGAAUGCAUACGACCCGUGGCGACUCUGGGCUCAUUAUUUCUGGGUCAUAGUCUCCAUCGGCAUAACCAUUAUUCUCUACUCAUUUGUCUUUUACACACUCUGGCGACAGAAGCGAAGCUGUCGUCAUCUACCAGAGAAACGUACAUCUAUACACAGCGACGUACCACCCCUGAGGGUUGAGACGCCGCAACAACAGGAAGGCCCAAGGCCGUCUGGGUAUCACCCAGCAUUUCUAGCUUAUCCCUUCGUCUACAUAGCCUGCAGUGUCCCGUUAGUGGUAGGACGCAUUACGUCCCUGCAGGGCAUUGAUCUUGGGGUCCCCUACUUCGCCUUUGCGGGGUGCGUUCUGGCUCUGAAUGGGUUAUUCAACUCGAUCUUAUGGACGACGACGAUUCUAUGCAGUGCGCCCAAAGAUGCCCACGACACAGGUCUCGACCGAUUCGCUUUUAUGAGAACGCCAAUACGAGAGUUCGGAAAUACCGUCAUAAUCAGCGGGCCUGCUAGCAGGAGAGUGCCGAUUUGGGAGAUCACCCCUGGCAGUAGCCACAAGCGUUGGUGGUGGUGGCAGCACGGUGGCCAAAGAGGCUGGGGAAGAACAAGGUCUUACGCGAGUAUGCAUGACACGCCUAGUUUGCGAUCAGUUGAAGUCCCUGCUUAUGAGAUGCAGAGUCCAGCGGAGGGUCCACAGAUACAGAUGGACGUCGUGACAGCAGUCAGUAGUGAGAGAGCAGACACGGAAGGAAAGUAG